AUCAGUGAAAAAGCAGAGAUAUCCCCUCUUUAACUGUCCCCACUCCAUUCUUCAAUUCGAAGAAACAAAGUACUUUGAUGUUUGUUUAGUUGUUACGACUCCCCAACUUUACUAACCUUAAGCAGCUGUCGCCUAUUAGUAGUAGUAUUACUACAACAUGCCCGGUGGUCUUAAACUCAACGUUGUGACCUCUAUUUAUUCUCACAAGACCUACAAUUUCUUCCGCUCUUUUACCUCCGUCACCGGCACCUCUAACUCCGCCACCGCCGCCGCCGCCGUAAGUGUGCCCACUUAUACGCGCCGCUGUUGGUGGGGUUCUUCAAUUUCAAUUCCGGCGUCCGGUGAUUUUCGUCACCGUCAGAAAUUGUUAGGUUUUUUGGAUAAGGGAUAUGCUAAUUUUCCAUUGAGAAGUAUUUCUACUACUCAGAUGGGCCCCGCACCUGAUCACAAGGAGGAUGAUCUCCGCCGUGAAAAAGCAUCUCCACCACCGCCGCCAUCGAAGUCUGAGAAGUUACUGACAUUGCCCACGAUUUUAACAAUUGGCCGCGUGGCUGCUGUUCCGCUUCUUGUAAGCACAUUCUAUGUUGAUAGCUGGUGGGGCCCAACUGCUACAACGGCUAUAUUUAUUGCAGCAGCAAUAACUGACUGGCUUGAUGGAUACCUUGCUCGCAAGAUGAACUUAGGAACUGCCUUUGGUGCAUUUUUAGAUCCAGUCGCUGACAAGCUAAUGGUUGCUGCCACCUUGGUCUUGCUGUGCACCAGACCGUUGGAGUCCAGUGUGUUUGGACAGUUGCCAUGGCUAUUAACUGUCCCUUCAAUUGCGAUAAUAGGCAGGGAGAUUACUAUGUCUGCAGUUCGAGAAUGGGCAGCUUCUCAGGGUGGUAAACUUUCAGAGGUUCAAGACCCACCUUCCAUGGCUGUAGCUGUGAAUAACCUGGGGAAGUGGAAAACAGCAACUCAGAUGACUGCAUUGACCAUCCUCCUGCUAGCCAGAGAUAUCAGUUUAUCUGGGGUUGGAACUCUUGUGGGUUCUGGUGUGAUCUUGCUAUAUAUAUCAGCAUGGCUCGCUGUAUGGUCUCUGGUCGUGUAUAUGAGAAAAAUAUGGAAAGUAUUGUUAAUGUAGCAAUUUUGGCUUAUGCUUCUUGCUGUUGACCACUAAGCGAUACAUACUGAUGAUGCGUGCAAGGAGAAGCUGUCUUCCUGAGGACGGUGGAAGAAAUUACUGACUCAAUUCUAAUGUCCCAAAAUAUAUUUGGUUUAGACAUAGACAGAAAGAUAAAUGACGAUGCAGGAUGUCAUCACUAUUCGGUUUUCCUCUACAUUCUUUAACAGAGAGACAAUGAAGUCUCUCAACAGCAGCGUGUAAUCUGGAUUCUAACUGGAAAAUAUACUUCUAUGCAAUAAUGCACUUACUAUUGUAUUUUUUCUUAUGAAAAAAAGUGAAACUAAUACCUUUAUGAUAUAA